AGCAUUUUCCUCGGCUGUGGGUGUGAUGUCUCUGUGUAACGCUAAUCAGCUCUGGAGACGUCAGCAUUCUUUCAGUCCUCCACCACCUCCAUCCUCCUCUCCUCCUCUCUUACCCACUGUCUUCACCUUCCUAUCUUUCCAAUUCCCCCUCUUUCUCCCUUCUUAUCUUUUCUUGUCAUCCGAAACGUAUUUCACUCCUCUCCGCUCCUCCUCGCCUCUUCCUCCAUCCUCGUCCCCGUGUCCCGUCCUCUGUGUUUGUGUGUGUGUGUGUUGUCUCUCCACUGUAACCGUAAGCAGCUUCGCUCUUGAGUCGUCAGCGUUCUUUCAGCUGCUCCAUAAAAAUACAGCCUGCCACAGCAAAAAAGCUGUCUGUUGUAGCAACAGUGGCGGUGGCAUUGACCACACUGCAGCGAUCACCCCACAAGCAUUAUGGGAAGGACACCUCUGGCCUCUGUGUGUGUGUGUGUGUGUGUGUGAGUGUGUGUGUUUGUGUGUGUACCCAAGAUGAAUGGUGAAACCUUUGCUCAGCAGUUGAUCCUUAACCUGGGUGACUUACACAUAGUCCCAGAACAUGUACGCACUAGUACAUGUACCGUGAUGUAGUUAACUUUCUUUGUCUAACCUUGGUGGAAUAGGGCCAAACUUUUCCUGCUCUCCAAGAGGUCUCAUCCCUAAUGUUUCUGACUGAAACGAGCAGAGCAUAAAAAUAUUGAAAGCGUAUAGACGGAGAUGUCACUGUGAGAAAAUACCAUGAAAGAUGCCUAUCGGUCUGGGUUCACACAAAGCUCCGACCCCCCUGUCGGCGUGGUGAAUUCUGUGGUGGGAACCAACGGGGUGGAUGGUGUUUACUAGCAUUAACGUAUAAGGAACUCUGUUCGCAUGAAUUGCCAGUCGACUGUAACAGACGUCGCUGUCAGUCGUCAUCUCAGAGUGGGUAUUAGAUGAACGUGGUACCCGCCCACGUUUUACCCGCCCACGUUUUCCACCUAUCAUCACUACAAAGCACUAAAUGUCAUUUGGUGGUCUCUUGCCACCACAACGCUGCGUGCAUCUAACAAAAUGUUUCUGAACGCAUCAGUUUCCUCGAAACUGUUUGAGCUUCUCUUCUUAAUAUUAAUGUGUUUGUUUACAAGCUUAGCGCGUUCUUCCAUUACCUGCUGCACUGCACUGGUUCUCUGGCUUGUUAGUUUGCCACCUGUCCAUCCAAUCCCAUAAAAACUGCUUCAUAGCACAAGUAGAGGUGAAAAGUCCAACCUGUGCUUUUAAUUUGCGACGGAUGGUUAACUCCAUUUUUUAAAACCAAAUAAUUAAUGAGUUUUACAAUGAAGCUGUAAUGUGUUACACUGCUGAGUAUAUUAAAGUGGAGACUGGAGAGUAAGUCAGGGAACAAGCGUCUAAACACACGAGUUAAAUAGUUAACAAUUAAUUGGUAUAUUGAUCUGUAAUAAAAAAAAUAUAUAUUUGCUGUAGAGAUAGCAUCCUUAUCUGAACUGUGGCUUAGUAGAAUUAAUUUAUGAUCAGAUCAAACAAACCAUGCACAUAUUGCCUUUAAGAUCUCACUGACAGUAUUACGGGUAGAUUGGUCCACGUGUCUCGAGGAACUUGUCACAGCACUUCUGUAGAUAUGGACUGAAUGUGUUCUGCUUCUUCACGUAAUCUCAAUGUAAUCGGUCCUGAUGAUGCUGAGAUCGUGGAUCUGUGGGAGCAUCUUGACUGCUUGUUCCUCUUAUGGCUAAAGAUGAGUCUGGUCAGACGACUCUGUGAUGGUCCUGCGUCUGCUAAUCUCAAGUGUUUUUAAAGUCGUUUUAAUUGUGUGUAUUUUAGCGAAGGUAUCAAACCUCUGCACCAGGAGCUAGUGCAGCACGUUCUCCAGUUUCCUUGCUUGUCUCCACGAGCUCUGCUGUGCUCUUUAAAGAGCUACAUUUGCACGUUUGUGUACUUGCAGUCAACCGUUUUAUAUGUGUGUUUUAUUGUGCCCCGCUGGCAUGGCGGCCGGGUAACGUGCAUGUGUGUGUGUGUGUGUGUGAGCGUGCGUGUGUGCUUGGCGGCAUGCUUUUUGUUUGUAUGUAGAUGGAUGGUGGGGGGUUUGGACACGAGGGAAAUAAACCAGUGCCUGCCAGGAAAACACACUCCUUUUUUUCGCCCCCUUAUGUUUUCACUCUCCCCCCUCUCUUUCUCUUCUCCUACUCCCUCUUUGUGCCACCCCCACCCCCAGCAGCCAUCCUCAGUCUUCGUGCCUUUGAUCCGUCUUUUGUGUGAGGAUGCACCUCCAGCUGUGGGAUGCUGCAUCCCGACAAAAUGCUUGAGUGCAGCGGUACAUGUCAUUUAUUGAGAAGCAGGUCUUUAUAUAUGUGUAUGCAUAUAUAUAUAUAUACAUACACACAGUUAAAAGAAAGAACUCGCUGAUCAUCACCUGUUAAACGUGAAACCUUGUGUGUCGUCCCCCUUUUUCUCAUGUUCUCCACUGUUUCAUACCAAGUUGCUGUGCAUUUCACAUGUUCUCAUGUGCAUGCAUAAUUACUUGCAUCUGCUUGUCGGUACAUUUUUCUUUCAUCUACAGCUAUUUAUAACCAUAGGAUUUGUGGCACAAACACUCACACAGCCUCCCAGACAGACAGAGGUGCAUUGUGGGGGAGGCUCGCUGACAGUACGGUGCCUUUUGAUGGAGAAGAAAAAAGAUGAAACGAGACAUGUUGCCUCGUGUCACUUAAAUGUCAUCACUUUCCCCCUUAAGAAAAAAAAAGAAAAAGAAAAAAGAAAGCUGUUGUGAAGUAUUUUCCAAACUAUUUUGAACUUUCCCUGGUGUGAAAUACCUAAGAGAGUUUAAAUAUAUAUAUGCCGAGAGAACAGGCUGUCUUUAAUCAGCAAAUUGGUUUAGCUAAACUUCUGAUUCAGCAGUAUCAGGUGCGCCGGUUUGGCUGAGAAGCAGGUUUUUAUGCUUUGAGGACCUCUGCGCUUCGACAGCCAAUCGCACGCAACCUCGUUCUCUCAUUGACCCCUCUGGUGCCCUCAAGGUUUUUUCUGCAGCAACAUUUUGGGCUCAGGUAGAUGAGGUCAUUAAUAUGGAGGGAAGCGGGUUAAAAGUGAGGGAGGAGGGCAGACAUCUGUGUGGCAGGAGAACGAGAGGGAGGGCCGAGAGAGUGAGAUUGGGGAAUCUGCUGAGUCAUCAUGACUGGUCUCAUGAUGAUCGCUCAGCAGCAGCAGCAACAAUAGCCGCCCUUUAUCCAACACACACACACACACACACAGGUCUGAGAGAUGAGAGCAAGACGCCACACAAAGCAUCUCAUUGAGAGCCGGUGGAGAUGCUCCACCGCGGAGCCGUGCGCUCUAAGGUCUGAUCUCAUCUUUUACACUCGCUCCUCUUCUGAUUCACACGGAUGCGUCUCCAUCCUUUUGUCCCUUGUUUCCACUUUAGCACAAACGCACCAUUUCGUCUGGUUUGAUUUCAUUUUCAUCCCUGGUAAACGUAGCUCUGUCGUCGUGCGUCUCUUCUGCGCGCUCUCAGGGCCCUAACAGUUGGUUUUCCCCUGGAGUCCUUCCCACAAAAUUUACCACUUCCUCUUCUUUCACACUCAUUUCAUUCCUAUUGGCCUGAAGCCAGCCAAUAAGAGCUCAACAACACAAAGGUGGUGGGCACUAUCGGUGUAACCGCAAGGAAACAGGAAGUCAGGGAAAUUCUGAGAAAAGUGUGUGUCACUUUCACUCAUAGAAUCUGAUACAGAUGCAUCAUCGCUAACAUGCUCCCACAACUGUGCCUCAACGGCAAAUUUAGAUUUGGUAAAUCUCCACUUGUCGCGGUCUGUUCAGAAGAGCAAGGCUCUUGUGGCAUGACGACGACUAACAAAGGAAAUAAAGCCUUGAAGGUGAAGCGUGAGCCGGGCGAGAAUGGCACCAGCCUCACAGACGAGGAGCUUGUCACCAUGUCGGUGCGGGAGCUGAACCAGCACCUCCGAGGGCUCUCCAAAGAAGAGAUCCUGCAGCUGAAGCAGCGGCGACGCACCCUGAAGAACCGGGGCUACGCCGCCAGCUGCCGAGUGAAGCGAGUCACCCAGAAGGAGGAGCUCGAGAAGCAGAAGGCCCAGCUGCAGCAGGAGGUGGACAAACUGGCCAACGAGAAUGCUUCGAUGCGUGUUGAGCUGGACGCUCUGAGGUCUAAGUACGAGGCGUUACAGACCUUUGCCAGGACUGUGGCACGGAGCCCCACUGUCGGGGUCGGGGUCAGGGCCGGAGGGGGAGGAGGAGGAGGAGGGGGAGGGGUCGCGUCGUCGGUCAUCGGUCCCCUCAUACCGGGGAAGGUGGCGACGGCGACGAGCGUGAUUACAAUAGUGAAGUCAAAAACCGAUGCACGGUCUUGAGGGAAGGGAGGGUAGAUGAGGGCGAGUCGGGACGGAGUCGCCUUCGCCGCUGGCCCCCCUCUCCUCCACCUGCACUGACGUCAAACAGCCGGGCACCUCCAUCGCCGCGGCGCGUUCCCGUCUCCCGUCUCAGAUCAGUGCAGAUGAAGGAAAGGGUGGAAGCAGAGGAGGACUGUUGAGUCUAUAAAGAUGCAAGCCCUUGGUCAGCGCAUGAUCAUUUAGCACAGGACAAACACACAGGGUUCCUAUAGUCACUGAAAGCCUGGAAAUGUCAGAAUUUGAGAGUAGUCACAUUCCAGGUCAAGAGAAAUUCAAUUAAAUUCUAAAUGCUCAAGUCGGUCGACUUUCUAUUGUGAAGUUUAACUGCUGGUAGAUGUAGACAUCUCUAAUAACCCUGUCACACAUUUGCACAGUAGAUCUAAAGCGGUUGUUCGCCCAAACUAAGACGUAUCACAUUGAAAAUUACGGCCAUCGACACAAACAUUAGAACAUCCUGUAGUACGGAUGAACCAUUGGAAUGGAUCCAGACAAAACUUUACGUGAUCUGCUGAUUUCAGUGGCUGCAGAGAAGUCCCAUCUUGUUCCACCUAGCCAAGAACUUUUUCAGAAAGGUACUAUAGAAAAAUAUAUAUUGGUGGUAACUGUAUUUCUACUGUUUUGUACUGUGUUGUCAUUCACAUGAGGUCCAAGGUGUAUUCUCUGUGUGUGAAUUGUUAUAUAUCAGGAAUUCUGUGAAAUUCUGUGGCGCGUGUUCGUUUUUGGUAUUGCUAUAUUUAGUUAGCUGUUUAUUUUUAUUUUUUUUUUUCUACGGUCUCUUCACUUUCGACGUUUCGCUUUCUCUCCCCUGUUCUUUCUCUGUCCUUCCAUUUUUCAAUUCCAACUGGCUUCCAUUAUUACAUACAGUACUUCCUGGAUUCGCGGGGGAGGAAAAGGCAAUUGAUAUUUUACCAAAAAGGAAAAACUAACACAGGACUAUGGUAAAAAGAGGAUAAAAGUUGUUCAAGUUAUAUUAUUUUAAUAUGUGGGAAAUUUCAGGGAAAUGGUGGUUUUAACGCCAUAGAAGAACAAAGAUCAAGUUGUGUUUCUUUUGCUCAAAACUUUAUUCACGAAAUUUGGAAGGGCAAGUGCCUUGGUCUCCUAAUGAUAUGCAUCAAUAAGAAGUCAAGAGGAAUGGUGGAAGGAUGGUGGAGAUUCAGUGAAGGUGUUUGCUGAUACCUGUGCUUAAUAGCAUACACUGACCAAUCAGGAAUCAGGUCGUAACAGCAUUUAACUCUCGCUGUGCAUCGUUGUAUGAGCUGUGUAGUAGCCAUCAGGAUUAAUUAUAUCGGUAACACUCAUUUAUGUGACUUGGCAGUUCAAAAAAAAAAAGAAAAGAAAAAAAAAAUGGAAAAAGUCCAAAUAUCUGUUCAAAAUGGAGGUUACUACAUCUGCAGAGGAAAAAACAAUCUGCCUCAAAUUAGAGACGUUUACGUUGCUUUCUGUUUGUUUUCACCCACAAAACUCAUGUCGCAAGUGGAAACGUGAUUAGAGAUGGUGCAGUCUGCUAGCACAGAUAACAUUUCUGUGAAUUUCCAGUCACAUAAAUGGGCUGUCAUAUCUCACGGGCUUUACCAUAACAGUAGUCUUAUGUGGUGUGCUAUACUCGAAGAAUCUUUGUCUAUGUACGGUGGAGUCUGGAAUUUUAUAAAGACGAUUAUCUUUGCAUUGUUUGUAACGACAUGUAAAAAAGGAAAAAAAAAGAAAAAAAAAUAUAACAAAAUCUGUUUGAUAUACAGUAUCUCUCUAUUUUGCAAUUGUACCAAAAGUGGCUUAACUACUGAAUAGCUUUGUUUUUUCUCUAGUGACUAGGCACGUGUGUGUAACCGUGAACUAGCGUGUGGUGUGCUGUGUAGGUAUGUGACGAGGUAAUAUAAUGUUCACUAUUUCAUGGAUAUGACUUUGAUCCGUGUUUGAUUUCAGGCCGAAGAGGGUGAUGACACAGUGUGUAACUGCGCCUCUUCUCUAAUCAUAAAAUCUUUGUCCUCCCGGCCCCAUCAGUCAACUGCAGCGCUGCAGACGCGUCGGAUCAUUUGUUAAAACUGCACUCGUGAAUCUGAAAAAAAGUUCACUUUGGCUGACCCAUUUUAGGCAGUUCUGAGCAGGCCUUUAUUUUGGACCUCGCUGCGUUCAAGGCCCGUUAUUGUGGAUGAAAUUACCGAUGAGAAGUGUUUGGUUGACCUCACAGGCUCUGUGGUAUUGUGUAUUCAGGUCAUCUGGCAAAGUAACGGGGAUGUGAAACUCAACUACAGGUCUUUCUGGCUGCAUCACACCCACUCCAAUAACUUAUUUUUGUAGUGUGUGAUAAAAACAUUUUGUUUUUGCUGUGUACAUUUUAUGUAGUUAUGUAUAUUUAAUAUCGUAUUUGUUUUUGAACUGUUCUGAAAGUGUCAGGGAAGUGAAAUAACAUUUGUUAGUGUAUAUGGUGUUUUCAUGAAGUGAACAAACAAACAAAAAAACUCUCCUAUUUUGCAGUCAGAUAGUGAGACUUAUCUUUGAGUACAGUUGCUCCAUUUAAAGAAUUCAUCCUUUACAGAAAUGAAAGCAAUUUAAUUAAUUUAAUGGUGAAAAUAUGAGUUACUCGUGCAGCCUUUUACCUGAACUGCUAAUUCUCCAGUGUGAAGAUAAAUGGAGUCUACUGCUGUGCAGUUACUAGGAUUCGUGGGCUGUGUUGUCAUCUGUACAGAAUAUAACUAGAAUUCAGACGGAGGAACAAAGGCGUCAGGGGAUAAACGGUUUUGAGAUUUAAAAAUAUUAUUUAUCUGUUAUCUCUAAAUUGAUAACCACUUUCAGUCAAGCGUGAAACCAGAGAGCUUCAAAUGUCAAAUGAAAAAGGACUUGUCACGGGAAUAUGCUGAAUAUUAUGCAGCUAUGAGGAAACUUUGGUUAUAUACCCGUUUAAUUUAUGUGUUUCAUUCACGUUUUCUUUAAAAGCGCCUGUUUUGCACGGGCUAAAUGCCAUUAUUUGAUUGUUUAAACUUCUCCUUUCUCUCUAUCACUCUGUUGCUUCCUGUCUGUUUUUACAUUUCCUUGCUAAAUGGUAAUUUUGUUUUUCUGUUUUCUCACUGGCAAGUCCUGUGUGGUGCUUGUGGUCAUGUGAUAUAAAAUAGGAAGAAACACGGCUUGUGUUAAGACUAGGUUGUGUCAAACUGUACAACUGUAUGUGCCACUGUCGAACAAUAUGGUCUAUCCUACUCUGUAUUUUUAUGCUCCUCUAGUUUAAAAAGGAUGCAUACUGUGUAAAUGUGUCAACAUGGUGGCUGCUGUUAAAUAGACAUAUCUAAUUAUGCAAACUGUGUAGGGCAAAAUUAGAACUCCUGCCGCACAGGAGCAGUGAUGCUAUUGUAGUCGUUUUGUCAAGUUGUCCGUUUUAUAAUUGCAGGUCCAGUGUGAUGUGACAAGGUUAAAGAGCUAAUAUACAGUGUUUAGCAUUUUAUACUUGGGUAUAAACGCCAGUGCCGGUUUGCCUCUGUUUAAAUUUGGCUAAUGUGUUGUGGCUUACUUUUACUUUUACCCAGUUUCACUUAACUCUUAACUGUGAAAACAUCCAAGACUUUUUUUUAUCCAUCUCCAACUGAGAAGAGGAGGGAAUGCAAAAAAUAAAAAUAAUAAAAAAAAAUAAUAAUGUAGCUUUUCACGCAAGGCCUCCAGUCGAGCUGAAGAACUUUUGUCUUCCAGACUUGAAUUUCUUGUAGUGUGAAGCAGCGUGUCGGAUCUCUAAGCAAAUGAGGUUAAACAUUACAGAAGUUUAAUCCCGAUUCUCACUCAGCAGACACGGUCAGCCGACAGCACCGACCUUCAGCGAUUAUCAGACAGGGCGGUCUGGUGACUUUUCAUAACAGAGUUUAUGAGCUUUAAGACGUGCUGACCUUAUUUUCCGCUGCCUGUGCUGGGGUCACGACCUCCUUUAUUGAUAAGACAUUUCAUCACAAACCCGAGCAACCACUCCUACUCGAACCACAUCUAUAAAUAUUUUACAGAGGCAGAUGAAGAGCGCUGGAGACACAUCUGAUAAGACCCGCUUCCCAUUUCUCCACUCUUCACAGAGUGUCCGCAGGUUAACUCAGCAGCCUGCCAAGCCCUUACUCAAAACACCCAAUUCUUCCAGAACAUGCAAAUCAUUAACUCCUUAUCUUUCUCCUCGGCCAAUCGGUAUGUAGCCAUCCGAUUGUUACUCUGUGUAGUGAAUCACGCCACUGGGCUCUAAAAGCCCUUUCACCCACCGCUGAUCUGGAUCGAUGAGAGCAAAUGAACCGAGGAUCCCUUUGAUCGUUUGUUUGGUGUUUUCAUCAAUAAUAACGUUUGUUUUGCCUCCCAAGUUACCCUAUCUUCUGCUGCUGUCUCUUACCGUCUGCUGCCCUUGCCCACAUGCAAAUAAUCAGGUAUCACGUCACUUAUUUGAACUUUUUUUGUUGUGACAGUCUCCCUCUUUGCUUUUCGUCAUGAAGAUAUUUUAUUUGUUUCAGACCACCAUGGGAGCUGGGAUACUUUUGUGUUUAAAAGUAUAUAAUGGUCAGAUUAAAGCUGUAGAAAAGUAGUGAGUUUGUGUGAAUAUGGCGUAACCUAUUGAGAAAAGCCCUUGUAAUAGGAAAAUCUGUGUUUUGUAAUAUUUCUGUAUGGGGUGUAAUAAAUUAUUCUAUGACAGUACUUUCUAUGGGAAAAUACUUAAAAUGUGACAGUCUUUGUAAGUAUUUAUCUUCGACUAAAUUAUUGUACUUUUUUUGCAAUUUGUAGAUAGUGAUGAUGACAAGGUAUUGGUAAUCAUGAAAUUAACUGUUUCAUCAUCGGUCCGAUGCAUCUUUUAAUUUAUUGAUGUAUAUACUGUACGUUUGUUGAUAAACAGCUUACUUUAUUUUGUAUAUGACCAAUAAACAUGUUUUAAAAUGGAA